ACUUUGCAUCAUUAUAUCCAAGCCUUAUCAUGACAUAUAAUCUCUCACCUGAUAAAAUGAUUUUAUCCCGAGAGCGUGCUGAAUCUUUAAAGAAAAGCGGUAAAAAGCUUCAUGAAAUUAAUUUCAAAUUCAAUGGUAAUGAUGUUCUUGCAUGGUCUAUAAGACAUAAUAAUAUUCCUGAAGAAAAGGGUAUUUAUGCUAUUAUAUUGGAAUAUUUAUCUGCCAAACGGAAUGAGAUAAAGAAACGUCUCGCCCCUUUGAAAGAAAAAAAGGAAGAUAUGGAACUGGUAAUAGGUUUAAUGGCAAACUUUAUUUGA